AUGGAUCGUGGUGUCAGCCUGGUGAACCCCUAUGCCAGCGUCAACAUCCCACGGGACCAGUUCCAGCAAAGCUUCAUCACUCACUACCUGAAGGACGAGCCCACCGUCAUCGCCAACCCUGCCGCUGUGCCCACCUAUGGUGCAGAGGAGCAGGUGGACCCCGUUGCCAGCUGGAACAGCCCAACCAUUUCCACGGAGAAGUCCUGGUCCCGUCCCUACAACCCCUAUGCCAGCAUGAGGAUGCCCAAUGGGGACUCGCCCGACACCUUCUACACUGUCACCCUCGACAAGCCACCCAAGGGCCAGGAGCUGGAGACCCGCGGGGUAUGUGGCUGCUGCAAGUGCUUCCCCUGCUGCAGAAAGUGCUGCUGUGUCAUCUCCUGA